GUGAAUGUCAACAGAUAGCUGUAUUAUAUUGCCACACAUUAGAAACACCCCACUGGAUCUUGAAUAUUAACAUAUAAGCAAUGGAGAGAAAAGGUGGCGAAAGCUACUGCAAGUUAGAUUAUCUGCUGCAGAACAUACGUCGCGCAAAUGCAAAUGCUGUUCCAAACGAAGAGAGCUCGUCACCCGGCGAUGUAGGUGCAAUUUGUUCUCAAGUAAAUGGAGGUUUAAGUGACGAUGUGCUUGCAUCGUAUAGAAACCCUUAUUUGAUUGACUUUGAACAGAAGACGGAGAUUAUAUCCGCACUAAGGAACGCGCCAGGGUUCAGAUCUGUGCGCAACUGGAAAGGCCUGAAAAAGGAAAUCACUGUGACGUUCUCAGUGCUUCGGUGGCUGUCCUUUCUCGUGGGCAAACUCAGAGCCAUUCAGCAGACACAAAGUUCACCCGACCACACGAGCUCACAAACAGCACCCGCCGAUACCACGACCACACACGGCAAAUCCAAUGGUAUAUGCACACGACAUGAACCAACGCUUGCUGGAGAAGCGCGCCAACAGACGCAUGCGACAGACGACGACACUCUACCCAAUAGACAGGACACUGAUACAGACAGGGCAGCAGCAACGGCGACAGGACAGACACAGACUAUGAGUGCACAAACUAUUGACAUCACCACAGUCGACGUGUGUGCGGAGUCACCGGUGGGCUGCCCAACUGGAGAGGUGAGGCAGACAGACACGGUACACGAAUGCACAUAUGCAAAUGUACCGGACGAAGGCCAACGGAAUAGGCCAGACACCACUGCACUAUGUGAAGCCAACAGACCACACGAGACACCCGAACGAUCAGUUGACACAGAUAGCAACACCCACACACACACCAAGGCGACUACAGCUGACACAGAUAGCACCACCCACACACACACCAAGGCAACUAUAGCUGACACAGAUAGCACCACCCCCACACACACCAAGGUAACUACAGCUGACACAGAUAGCAUCACUCACACACACACCAAGGCAACUACAGCUGACACAGAUAGCACCACCCACAAACACACCAAGGCGACUACAGCCAGCGAAGGCGAUAGGGCCACUGUGCGCACAGAAGGAACCGAUUCUGCGACACAACACGACCUCAGCAAACACGAGAUGCUGCGGACGGAAGAGCGGGAGAGGCUGGCGACACAGGUGGGUAGGCAUCCGGAGGACGGGCAGGGGUGGGUGAUCUUUGACAUGUGCUCGGGCAAAGGGUUUACCAGUCUAAUGCUGGCCAUGAAGUAUCCUAAGGCACUGGUGGUGAUGAUCGACAAGAACUUCCAUCGCAUGAAACUGCAGUACCUGGACGAAUACCCGAAUGUAUCACAAGAGACUAUGAACAUCCUGAGUCCUCAGUUUGCGGCCGACUUCGAGCAGGUGAUGGUGAAGUACGGAAUGCGGGCUAACGACGUGCUACAGACGGGCGGAGAGACCACGUGCACAGCCAACCCGCACGGUCGCAUGGGCAUUCUCAUUGGACUGCACACGUGUGGUGUGUUGGCUGAAACGGUGGUGGGCGUGUGGGAACGAUUUAAAGCAGGCAACGGCACAGUGCACAGUCCCAAUGGCAGCAGCACGAGUGGCGGGCUACAUGGACGCACCACAGACUACGCAGCCGCGCAUGUGCAAGCGAGAGAAGGAGACGCGCAGACACCACCAACCACGCACAGGCAAGCAACGGCCGCAGCAACGGGGGACAGGGCGAGCACGUGGGGCAUGAGUCAUCCAACACGUGGUGGUGCACCGACCCAUGGCCACGCACAGGCGGUUGAGGGGGGGGGGCUGCGGCUGCACGUGCUCAUGUUGCUGCCGUGUUGUUUGCCUCGUGGCGACAAGCAGAUUGCGCGCGAUGCGAGAGAGGCUGGGCUGUGUGUGCACAGCGCGUGGGAAGACUCUCUGCUGCAACGGAUUGGGAGUGGAGGUGUGAGUGAGAAGGGCGUGGCCACAGACGAGCACAUGUUGUCUGAGAGGAAUACUCUGCUCUACGGCCUACAGACCAUGAUCGAAUAAACCAAUACACCAGGCGGGGAGAAUGCACACUCACCCUCGAG